UUCCGUUGGUAUUGUCCGGUUGGGAGGGGGCUUCCUCUCCUCGGUGGGUUUGCGUGGAGGCGGCUCGAGGCCCAGGUUUGCUGCACUAGGAAGAGGAGCGGCGGCGGCUCCCCUUCACGAGGACCUGGGCGAGGCCCAGAAAAGGGCUUCCCAAAUCAUGGUCAAGGGGAUGAAGGAGCAGCUUUUCCCCUCAGAGGGAAGGUUGCAGCUUUCAGAAGGAAGGAGGGAUAGAGUGCUUUGGAUCGCAAGAUGAUAGAUCCAAUAGAUGGCAAUUUGUUUGAUCUUCCUGAUUAUGAACAAAUCCAGGAUGAGACGUUUCUACCUCUACCACCUCCAGACUCUCCAGGAGGAGAUGUUGAAGGCAACUUAAUGAAUGGAGAAUCAGAAGAAAACAAAUUGUCACAAGCCAAGGAUUCUUCUAAGACUACAAGGCGAUCUGUUAAAAGGCCAGUGCCUAAACUAGAUGCUGACAGGUUAGUUUCAGAGCGAGGACUUCCAGCUUUGCGGAAUAUGUUUGAUAAUAUAAAAUUCAAAGGUAAAGGUUAUGAGGAAGCAGACCUGAAGGCGCUUGUGAGGCAUAUGGAGCACUGGGCUCACAGGCUAUUCCCUAAACUUCCAUUUGAGGAUUUUGUUGACAAAGUAGAGAGUUUAGGAGGUAAACAACCAGUCCAGGCAUGCUUGAAGCGAAUUAGACUUGACCUGCCCAUGUUGCAUGAAGAAUUCACAAGUAAUGAAGGUGAGGAUGGGGGAAGCAAUGGACCUAAUCCAGCCACUGAAGAAUUAGAUUUAUUUUCUGAAAUCCAAAAUGCACGAGAAGACUUUGGUUUGCCCCCAAAUAGCACACUAACAGAGGAGCAACUGCAGAGAAUUGAAAGGAACAGGCAAAUAGCCAUGGAAAGAAGACAAGCAAAAACACAGUUCAACAGUCAGUCACAAGAAGAGCUGCAAGUGACCCAGGCAGAUUAAGAAUGUCACAUCAUUGUGGCUCAGGAACAAGAUGACCUGCCUGUGGUGGAAGGAGGAAAUGUACCUUUUCAGACUAUUGAGAAGAAGGAAAUUGGAAGUAUAGAAGAUAAAUGACCUUUAACUUUUGUAUCAAGUGACCAAGGACCAACAUCUUGAAUUAUACGUCACAUAUUCCUGUUAUUUCUUCCUCUUGAAAGUGGUUUUUUUAAUGGAUUUUUUUCUACUGGAACAACUGAUCAUUCUUCCCAGUUCCACUGGUCUCACUUACAUGUAAAGAUGAGCCAAACCAUGGCUAGGCAUGAAUGAGCAAGUGUGCUGGUAAGAGGUGAAAACUGUGGCUGCUUGACUCCACCCCUGUAGUGCUAUCCAUGGUUUGACUUAAUGUUCUGUGCAAACCUAGACUUGUGGUUUGUCUUCUCCAAUCAAACCAUGAGCAGUAAGCUAAGAACAAGCUUUAGUUACAGCUUGUGGCUAAGCUAUAGUUUGGCUUAAUGUUGCAUGCUAAUUUGGCCUUUCAGUGAGAGUUCUGUAAUUCAGAUUUUUUUUUCUUUAUCCACCACUUUGGAAAUGGUGUUUCUCAGUUUAAAGUGAGACGAGUUGAAGCUUGAAUUAAAAGUAAUGGCUGCUAAUCCUUCAAUGAGAAAGCACCAUUCUCACAGUAGAUGUUAUAAAAUGUUACAUAUAGAAAGCAGACCAAAGCAAUGAUAGUUCUGCCAUUAAAAUUUUUUAUAACUUUCA